GUUUGAAAGCGAGGCCCCGUAGAAUUGUGGUGCGCGCGCGUAGCUGUUGUUAGGCGGUUGGUGGCGCGGGGUUGGGGUCCCCGGGGAGGAGCGGACAUGUCGCAUAAACAAAUUUACUAUUCGGACAAAUACGACGAUGAGGAGUUCGAGUACCGACACGUCAUGUUGCCCAAGGACAUAGCCAAACUGGUCCCUAAGACCCAUUUGAUGACUGAGUCUGAGUGGAGGAACCUUGGUGUCCAGCAGAGUCAGGGAUGGGUCCAUUACAUGAUCCAUGAACCAGAGCCUCACAUCUUGCUGUUCCGGCGGCCACUGCCCAAGAAGCCUAAGAAGUGAAAGAGCAUACCACUUCUUUUCCAAGCUGUACAUAGCUGUCCUUAUCUGCUAACAUCUUUCUGCUAAUAGUGUUGCCUUCUUGUUUCUCACUUGGGAUAUUUAAGGGAUGUUUAAUACACUGUUUGAAAGUGCUGGUGACUCUCUUAUUUCUUGAGCAAAGCUGACAUCACCACCACCACCACCCCAUCUGGUGCUCUGAUGAAUGUAACUUCAGCUGAUCUUUGCCUCCAAAAGGCAAGCUCUGUAUCAAGCUGAACACAUUGGGUAGAUGGACAAAGUAUCAAGAGUGACUGAAGACUCAUCACUGCUUAGUUGUGGGCCUUGUAUAAUUGUUGCUAUUUGUGUUGUUUUUUCUCUGCCAAGUUAUGUGCAAGAUGACUUAAUGGAUUUAAAUUUUCAUUUGUUGGAAACUUUCCAGUUUAUUCAAGAAAUGUCUGUUCUGUUUAAAUCCCUUGAAUAAAGAGGAAGUUUUUGUAAUUCA